ACCGUCGUCGUUCUGUUUUGAAUGUGUCGAUACAUUUGAUUGUUUUAUUCAACAAAUAUUUCCGCGUUAGAAGUUUAUGACAUACUUUACAUUAAAUCCAGUUUAACUUCUAACUCACAACUUGCUGAAAGGAUAUUUUAUGGAAUAUGACAACACCGAGUUGUGAUGGACGACUACGAGGUGGUGCGUCCGAUCGGAGAGGGUGGUUUCGGAAAAGCCUUUCUCGUGCGAACCAAGGCUGACGGGAAUGACCCACCGUGUGUGGUCAAAAUGAUUAACCUCGCAAAGAUGUCAAGCAAGGAGAAGGAAGCCGCGAGGAAGGAGGUCGCCCUUUUGUCCAACAUGGAACAUCCCAACAUUGUGACAUUCAUCCGCUCCUUCCAAGACAGGGGCCGCCUGUGUAUCGUUAUGGAGUACUGCGAUGGAGGCGAUCUGAUGAUGAAGAUCAACAUGCAGAGAGGAGUCUUCUUCACUGAGCAGCAGAUCCUGGCCUGGUUUGUUCAGAUCUGCCUGGGCCUCAAGCACAUCCAUGACAAAAAGAUCCUGCAUAGAGAUAUUAAAAGUCAGAACAUUUUCCUGAGUGAGCGAGGUGUUAAAGUCAAGCUAGGUGACUUUGGCAUCGCAAGGAUGUUGACUCACACUUUGGAGCUAGCCAGAACCUGUGUGGGGACCCCUCACUACCUCUCUCCGGAAAUCUGCGAGAGUCGACCCUACAACAAUAAAACGGACAUCUGGUCUCUGGGCUGCGUCCUCUAUGAACUCUGCACUCUGAAACAUCCAUUUGAGGGCAACAGUCUGAGUCAGCUGGUCAGUAAGAUCUGCAGGGGGCGCUUUAACCCCGUGCCUGCUCGUUACUCCUACGAUCUUCGCAUGCUCGUGGCGCAACUCUUCAAGGUGAAUCCCCGCGACCGUCCCUCCGUCAGUUCUUUGCUGCAGCGUCCUUUCUUGAACAAACACGCUCAGGAGUUUCGUCAAAAUAGCAACACAUCGAGCACUAACACCUGCAAAGCAGCAUCAGACAACAAGAAAAAUUGCAAAGCGGCUGUGAAGAAACUUCCCGUCAAGCCAGAGUGGAGAGUCUGCGGCCUUGCUUAUUACCCGCCCCACAGAGCAGGACACCUUCCUCAGCCUGCAGCAGGAGACACCACGUGGGAUCACCACCAAAAGAUUGGACAGUACCAGCAAUAUUUUGCCCGGUUGGAUGCCCUCCACAGGGGGGACGUUUAUCCUCCUCCAGCUCUUCAUCCUCCUCUUCCUCCCAGUGAGCCAUGUGAAGACUACGUGGUCCCUCCGGUCGAACCUUACCAGCUGGUGGCCGCAGCUCGUGAAGAAUACCUUCAAAGGAGACAGGAAGCCAACCAAUACAAGCUGAGGGCAGAGAAACAGUUGGGUCUGCGACCCAGUACGGCGGAGAGCUGCAGACCGGCCGACGGAUCGGAAAGCCACAUGGACUCGCGUGAGCCGCAGCACACACCUCCUGGCAAGAAACAGGACCAACAGGUGGAGUACUUGAGGCAGCUGCAGCUCAUCCGACAACAAUAUCAUCAGGAGAUGAAACAGAUGAGGUUGAGAGCUGAGGCAGAGGCAUUUGUUGAUCAGCCGCCACAACAACACAACACGUUUGUGCUGGACAAAGAAGCACAACCUUCCACUACACAAACCGAAAAACAAGAGCAACCAGUGCAGGACGUGGAAGCGGCUUUGAGGAAGAUCAGGGAAGAGAACCGAAAACAAAGGAGGGAACUUAAGAAGGAACACAAGAACCAGAAGGGAAUCAUGUUUGAGAUCCGUCUAGACGACGCAAAGGAUUCCUCGGAGGAGGAAGACAAAGAGACAGCAGAGGAGGAGGGAAAAUUGGAGGUGGACCUUCAGAACCUGACAGUUCAUUUGCAGGAGGGCGAGGACAUAAAGGUCGAGGGUUGGGCCAAGGCGAGGAGGGGAUGGAGCCAGGGACCACCGGAGACGCUGAUGGAGGCUCUGGUCCACAUGGACGUGGACUCUGGUGGGACGCUGGAACUUCAACCAUGUGAGGAGAAGGAGGAGGAAGUCGCUCGUCGGCAGUGGAUCUCCGGUCCCCCCAAGACCUUACUGGAUGCCAUGGCCCAAGCCAAUCUUACAUGCUCCACUGUGGACUCGCAGGGUGCAGCCCCUGAAGGGAUGGAAGACCAGGACAAAGACUCAGAUGUCGAGAUGGACCAGGAGCGCCUGGAGCCCAGGUCGGACGAUGAUGACACGAACUUUGAGGAGUCAGAUGAUGAUCUGAGGGAGGCUCUGUCCGACUCCAUGAGGAACUUAUUUGUCACAGAGGACGACACAGAUGUGGAGACGAAAAAUCUUGAAGGAACGGUGCCACUGGAUGGUGGUGACCCGGGAGAAUCCAGGACAUGAGAUACCCACAGACCUAUUGAACUGAGUAUUUUUUUUUGGAGUGUUCUAUUUCAAAAAGCCGUAAAACCAUCCAAGGUGGUCUCCUCACUGCCAUUAAAAUCCUUACAGCUCAUACAGAA